GGUGAGCCGGAUCCUUCACGUGUAGCAUAUACGGUCAUAUCAAUGCUCAGCAUAAGCAUACUGGCUGGGAUGCUUGGUUACCGAGUACGCCAGAUUGAUCGCAAACAAGUCAAAAACCUCUGCCUGGCACACGUCCUUCUCUUCCUUCUCUACUUCGUCUCUAUGUGUUUUGUCUUCUCCGCUGCAGUCGUCAAAAGUGGUCUCGGUCUCGUGUCUCUGGGCACCUGUCGAGUGGCACUCUUCCUCUGUCUUGGUUUCUACGUACUCAGCAAGGUUGUCAUGUACCUCUUUCUUAUCGAGAGAGCACGUGCACUCCGAGUUCCGUUCAUGAAGAGGACUCACGACUGGAUCUGGGUAACUGGAUUUAUACUAGUAUUUUCCGGCUUCACGGCCAUAGGCGUGGUGGCUUAUAUGAACCCUGUCGCUGACAUGUCACCAAUCGAUGGCCGUUGCCGCAUCGGCGUUCCACGAUACACCACAAUACCCCUAGUCUCAUACGAUGUCGGUCUCAAUGUCCUCCUGACACUCGUCUUCGUAUAUCUUCUGAGUCCACUGAUCCGUUCGGGAAAGCUCCCGAGCAAAGGUUUUCCUGCGAGUCGCUUUGCCACAUGCUUUGGAAAUAUGUGCAGUCAUUCCAAAUCCAGGACUAGUCUCAUCCAAGCCAACCACAGCAAUCAACUAAUGGUCAAGAAGAUUGAAAAGCUUCUACUGAGAACUCUCAUCGGGUCAAUCCUUGUGAUGAUCCCUACGGUCGGCAACAUGGCAGCCUUGACUGCAAUGGAGGGGCGAGAGCUUGGCUGGGUAUGCUUGACUACCUGCACUUUCGACGUCGUCUGGACAGUAGGUGUUUUCCACUGGCUGACAGUUGGUUCUAAAGAGGCGGAGGAGAAACUAUCUGCUGAGUAA